GAAAAUGAUAAUGAAAGGGAUACUGAAGAGGAUUUUCCAAUAUUUAAAAAGGCUCGUACUAAAGAACCUCAAGAAUUAAAUAAUUGGAUUGAAAAUUUUUCAAAUUUACCUGAGAAAAAAAAAGAAUGUGACAGAGCACUUUUAAAAUUUUUUGUCUGUUGUGGGAUCCCUUUUUCAAUCGUUGAACAUCCUUUUUUUUUAGAAUUUGUUAAAUAUUUAAAUCAGGCCUAUGAAUCACCUAAACAAACUUAUUUAUCAACAACUUUAUUAAAAA